AUGACACUUUACACAGCAGCAAGCGGACUGAAACGAGGGGAUAGCAUCCGGUUAGAUCUCUCCAUCCACCGAUCAGUCUUCUCCGAUAACCGUAUUCGGGUCCUAACCCGAUUCCGUUUACGGACCGGUUUCGAUCUGUUCGGUCGAAGUUAUCUUUACCGUACUUUCCCACCGUUUCCGUGUUCGCUUCUGCUUGUGGUUGAUUUGACAAGGAUCGCAUACCAGCAAAGCGAAUUCACGAAGAAGAUGGCGAUGCAGAAGGCUAAAGAGAUCGUUUCCAGCAAUGCCGUCGUUGUUUUCAGCAAGUCGUAUUGUCCAUACUGUGUGCAAAUAAAGGAUCUCUUGAAACAAUUGGGAGCUAAAUUCAUCGCCAUUGAACUCGACAGAGAAAGUGAUGGUAGCGAAGUUCAGUCAGCUCUUGCGGAAUGGACAGGACAACGCACUGUGCCUAAUGUGUUUAUAGGAGGCAAACACAUCGGUGGCUGCGAUUCAACAACUGGCUUGCAUAGUGGCGGUAAGUUGGUUCCACUGUUAACUGAAGCUGGAGCUAUCGCCGCAAAGACAUCCGCUUAA